AUGAGCAAAAGGGAACUUGACGACGAGGUAAAGGUCGAGUCGAAAGUGAGAAAACUCGGCGAGGAUAUGGCUAUCGACUCCGAAUUGAUGGCACAUCAUACCCAGGAACCGAACCAAGCUGAAGGUCAGGGCAACGAUGGAGAGUACCACGCUGCAACCACGGCAAAUGCGGCUUCUUCUGCUAGCACAGACGUGUCCAAGGACCAAGAGGAAGAGGCUCAGAAACAACAAGCGUACCAGCAGAAUAUUCGGAGACAAAACGUUGAAGCUCAACAGCAACAUGAAGCCCGUCAAAAGGCACAGCAAGCGCAACAGGCUCAACAGGCUCAACAGGCUCACCAGGCACAACAAACACAGCAAAUGUCUCCCGAAACUCAACACCACCUGCCCCUGGCUUCCGAUCAUGGCUCGGGACAUGGUACCCCUGCUAGUCCCGAGACUGCUUACAGGCUAUCAUUAUCUGGAGAAAAGCCUCAACACGGAUCUGAAGAAUGGCACCGGUUGAGAAAAGCAAACCACAAGGAAGUUGAAAGAAAAAGAAGAGAAGCUAUCAACAUUGGCAUCAAGGAAUUGGCUGAGUUGAUCCCAACAAGAGACACAAACAAGACCCAGAUCUUACAAAGAGCUGUUGAAUAUAUCAAGAGAUUGAAGGAGAAUGAAAAUAACAAUAUCGAGAAAUGGACGUUGGAGAAAUUAUUGACUGAACAAGCUGUAUCUGAAUUAAGUGCUUCAAAUGAGAAAUUGAAACAAGAGUUGGAGAGAGCUUAUAGGGAGAUCGAACAUUUGAAAGAAGGAGGUCGCAAGUGA